CCUGAUCGUCCUGAUCGCCCUGAUCGCCCUGAUCGUCCUGAUCGCCGCAUCAUCGGUCCGGCCUUCUUUCCAUCGACUCUGCGCCCACAUCACUUUCAGGGGGAAGCAUAUCGCCAUGUCUCUCGCUCUGGCUCAGAAAUCCUCUUUCAUCUCGUCGCUGUGGGCAAAGCUGUCAUCAACGACGCUGCAAGCAUUGCCUACAUAUAUCCAUGUUCCGACUUCUCCCUCGUCUGCGCUGGAAUGGGUAUCGUCGAUUCUGUGGGCUGUCCCCAAGAAGAAGACCACUCACCGAAAAAAGAGACUGCGCAUGACGACCAAGUGGCUGCGUCCGAUGCAAAACAUCACUCCGUGUCCGUUCUGCGGAUCGCCCACGCUGAUGCACAACAUCUGCAGAAAGUGCUACAUGGAGGCCCGUCGACGGGCCCUCUAGAUCAUGCGUCCCUCGCCAUUUCAACCUGCCCUUGGCAUCUGUCUACAUCAUCGACAUGACUUAUGCCCCCCCCCACGAUCAGGAUGCACGUUCGCCCAUCCUCAACACCACAUACAGCCAGUUCAGCCAUGGCGUUGCGUUUCCCGGGCCGCACCGCCGACAUUCCGAUGGUGGUCCGCCGUUUGCUUGAUGGGAAAGAGCGCCAAGUACAGUCGUCCACACACAGCAAUAAAGCAUUAACGAAAGCAUCCGCGACCUCUGUCCGUC